AUGGAGAAUCGUACAUAUCUCUGGCUGCAUCUCACACUUCACAUCAUCGAAGAGAAUCCAAGCUUGUAUGGACGCCGGUCCGAUGUCGAAGCGCUUUUGGAAGAUUUGCCCGACGAAGUUUCAGCGGCGUACGAGAGAAUCCUAGCCCGGAGUAACAGUCUGGUUCGUACCGAAGCCCUUUUACGAAUUCUUCUGGCUGCAAUGGAGCCUCUGACAUUGGAUGAAGCCAACAUGGCAUUGACUACAGUACUGGCGAAGCAAAAUUCUCAGCCCGUCUUGGUCUCCGAUAUGUGGCCGUCAGAGGUCUUCAAGAAUAUUGUGAAGGACUUGUGUGGACUCCUUGUCAAUUUUCAUGGAUCGAAGUUGGUCUUUAUGCAUCAGACAGCUAGAGAAAUCCUCUCCCAUCGGGAGCGUCAAGGCGAGUGGAAAGGUCGACUGGAUAUGCUCGAGUCACACCGUCAAAUGCUGUUAAUCUGUCUGGAUGCUUUAUCAUGCGUUGACAAGGAAGCCCUCGGAGAGAUCUACACGCAUCCCGAAUUUUACUGGGGUGAGCUAAGGGGUAAGGGUUGCUUCAGUGGCCACAAUUCUCGCAUUCUAAGGGAACUCGAGACAAACUUCCCGCUGGCCUUGUACUCUACUCGACAUUGGAUCGACCAUGCGAAACCCACUGAAAUGGAGACCCUUCAAGAAUUUUGGUCCUUUCUGUCCGAUGAUCUCGCAUAUGAAGCCUGGGAUGCACUUCAUCACAUGCUUACCGCUGAACACCAAGGGUACAAGAGGUACUUGGUUGGUAAAGCCUCUCCUUUGUAUCAUGCAUCCUUUGCAAACCUUCCUUGUUUGGCGAAAUGGCUGCUGAAAAAUGGGGCCGACAUUAACGCAGAGGGAUAUUUAAUUCCCACUGCCCUAUAUGUUGCAGCCCAAAAAGGUCACAGAGAAAUCAUGGAGCUCUUAUUGGAGCACAACGCCGGUAUUAAUACCCGAAGUCAGCCUCUUGUCCACUCAGUUUUUCCCGCUCCGACCCUGCUUUCAAAUAAUGCCGAGAUCGAUUCCAAAAUUCGCCAAGGCGGCAGAAUUGCUCUACUUGCUGCUUCUGCGCAGGGUCAAGAAGAUAUGGUGAGGCUCCUCUUGGAGAAUGGCGCCGAUCCCUUACUGUGUAGCUUUGGGAAUGGAUAUUCAAUUCAUGCUGCUUCUCACGGGAACCACAUUGGCAUUGUGAAGCUAUUACUGGAGAGGGGAGCUGAUGCCAACUCUGAAACGGACAUAAUGAAGGACACACCUCUCUAUAUCGCUUCACACGCAGGUUUCAAGGAACUUGCUACUGUGCUGAUAGAAGGUGGGGCCCACAUCAAUAAGCUGUCGGGAACCUUGGGUAGUAGGAAGGCAGCACUUAUCACAGCUUGCAUGAUGAACCAUUUGGACAUGGUGGAGUUACUAUUGGAAAAGGGGGCAGAUGUCAAUAUACAGGGUGCAGACUUUGCUCUCCACUGUGCCUGUAAAAAUGAUUACCUGGAAAUGGUACAGCUUUUAGUCAAGUAUGGAGCAGAUGUGAAUAUCAAGGGGAAUUAUGGCAAUGCUCUUGCUUACUCUUGCAGUUUGGAUAUCGUGCAGUUCUUGAUCAUUCAUGGAGCAGACGUUAACGCAAAGGGCGAAGCCAGCAAUGCGCUUGUCAGGGCUUCUGAACAGGAUCACUUGGAUAUUGUGCUGGUUUUGAUCGAGACUGGGGCAGAUGUUGAUGCCAAAGGAAGAAACGAACGGCAUGGAAAUGCUCUAUUCAAAGCUUCUUGUGAAGGGAAUUAUGAGAUCGUGGAGUUGCUACUUGAGAGUGGAGCGGACGCUGAUUCAGAGGAGCCGCCUCUCAAUGCACUUCGAGCAGCUCGCGAGGCACAAUGGGAUGAUGUUACGGCCUUACUCUUGCAGUAUGGGGCCCAACGACGACGAUCAGGGUGA